CUCCAAAUGUGUUCCUUGUGGGUCCUAAAAUGAGGGAAUCCCCAUUUGCUCUGGCAUCUUUGGCGAUCUUAUGAUUCCCUGGCAUUUACUGUAGCGCCACCAUAGGGUUGAUACUUUUUAAUGUUGGUGAAAUGUCUUGACGGCUAUAAGAUAUGCCAACAUUAUGUCCCCAAAGGGAGAUUCCCAAUGCCGGCUGACGGUUUCCUCGUGUGACACCAUAAGAGUGUUUGUUUUUAUUUUGGGUGGAAUGACAUUGUAUCAUCGUGUCUUUGGUGAACCUCGGAUUUUUCCACCUCGUGCUUAUGGCAGGCUGGCGUUAUUUGUUCAGGAUGAAAUGUUUUAUCAACUAUUGGAUGGAUUGUCAUGAUGUGUAGCUCAGACAGUAACGUGUCCCACAGAAUGAUUGGUGGUGCCCUGGCUCUUCAUUGAGGAAGACCAUCAAGUCAAUAAUGUGUCCAAUACUUUGUUCUGGGACCAAAUUUCCGCAAAAAUAAUGACAUUCCCAUUGGCCUGAGUUUUACUUUGUGGUUUAGCUCUUAAUAAUCGAGGGUGACGCUAACGCGCUAAACUAAGAUGGUGAACCCAGUAAAUAUACCUGCUUCGCAUUGCCAUUGCUAAUGGUUGCAUGCUGACGUUCGCAUUCAGCUCAAAGCACCGUUGUGCCAACCUACGGUCUCAGAGAUGUUCACAAGGUCAAGUUGAGACUUCGGUUGAAAGAUAGAUGCGGUUGUUGAGCAUAGAUCACACCUUGCUGCGUAAACAGGACCCGGCUGCACCGUCGGUAUUCGGAUCUGCCCUCGAACUGCCCCAUUGCAUUAUGAAGUGGGAUUGAGGGCAGUGGGGCUGAACGGGGCCUAUUGUGUGCCGAGGUGAAGGAGUCAUUGGGUUAAGAUGGUUUGGGUUACUGGAGGGAGGUUCACCAUUGUGAAUGGAAAGGAAGGAGAAGAGGGCAGGGCAAAGCCAACCGCUGGGCAUCAGGGUUGAAUUAGAGUGGCCCAUUCCACGGAUUAGGUGUCUGCCGAAUAGAGCUCAGCGGGUAUCCGGUCCAGGACCUUCUUUGUGAAUGUCAGGCUUGAAGGAGUCUCCAAUACGUGUGAUGCUGGAUACUUUGACCCUGUUCCCACAAGGUGCCCUCCGACUGCAGAGAAAUCGUUUGAUGUCACAUCUGUCUCUUGCUCACUAUCGUAAAGGUGGUAUGAGUCACCCAACGGCAGCCACACUGACAUCGUAAUAGUUCAAAACCUUGGUUAUACUUCGUGCAAUGAUGGUCUUAUGGACAUGAACUGGCGUGGAAUAGUGACGAGGAAACCUCUGGAUCUUUUGUACUCUCAGAGCUCUUCAACGUUCUCAAUUUUCUCUGCCGCGUAGUUACAAAAUCUUCCGAAAAGACUAAAAGAACUUCCACACAGAACCCCCGUAAAAGACUGCGUCCUAUGGUGAGAUCAACGUGCGUCAAUGACCCUGACGAUGCGACCAGCAUACAUCCCAUUUUAGGGGUUGUGUUAAAAAUCAGUACUAUAACACUCAAAUGAUUUAUCCUUUUUACUAUAUGUGUAUAACUGUCCCUGCUGUCGCCACUUAUUUAUCGAUCAAAACCCUUGGGCCAACUCUAUUUGGAGUUUCAGUUCUCGAAAACAGCAGCAUCAGUGAAAUCUUGAUGUUAAACUCAGUUCUACGCUCACAGUGCCCUGCCCUGUGUCCCUCCCACUCACUGUCUAAUUUAGGAGCUCACGCUUAUCUCUCCUCUUCGGUUAAUCUGUUUGCAUCAAAGGUGACAUUUAUUGCUUUUGUUCAGAGCUGUUUGGACCGUCUCCUGCAACCACAAGACAAAGGUCACAGACUGAGUCAUCGAAGUUGAACACUGAGAAGUUGCAGAAUAGCAAAAGGGGUGGAUGCGAGUGAAUGAUUCAGGGAAUCCCAAUUCCUGUCAUGAAAUCGAGUCGUGCGAGUCACCUGACCAGGUCUAAAGGUGACGGUGUGUGUGCCUGUUCAUAAUGGCCACACACAUGGGUUGGAUGAGAAGUCUGUUUACGGGCGAGUUUACGGGCAAUCAAACCAAAAUGAUGAGGUAAAAGACACAAUGGUGUUGAUCAGACUGUCUUCCCAAUCAUUUUUAUGGACUACAUUGUAUCCAGCAAAAAAUAUAUAGUUACUGGUGUCUGCAUUGUUACCACACCAACACAAGCAGAUAGGUUGGUGUUGUCUGGACACACAAAUCCAAUCUGAUCAUUUUUGAAUAUCUUUUUUUGAGAAAUGAAUUGGCCGGCAAUUGCUGACAAUUUGGUGACAAUUAUUUUUGUUUCUCAACCCUUUUACAUAAACAUAUAGUCAUUGAAUGUGUUGUUAAAACAGACAUAUUAAUUAGCCCCGCUAUAAGUAUCGAGAAGAAGAUCAGAGCAUUGUGUUUUUCUUUCAUGUUCUCUGUUCCUCGUGAACUGCUUUGCGGGUCUCUGAGUGGGAAAGCAAGUUCCAGAAACCACCUGUAUCGGCCAAUCUUGAUCCUUCUCACUUCUGCAUCCUUAACAUUUCCCAAAACCCGAAACGCGACAUCAGGAGGCUCCUCCGGCCCAGUGGGUCAGCUGUCAUUGUUUGAUUUUUUGGAUGGGGGGGGGGGGGUCCUCUUUGUGCACCAUUCUCUGUCAAAGGUUGGUUAAGAGUAUGUGUCCAUUUACUCAACAAGACAUGGGGGGUAUAAAAGAAGUAUCCACAGAGACCCUCGAUGCUUCUUAAUGGGAGCCCUCAAACCUGGAGCCUUUCACACAUCUUGCUCCCUGCCUCUCCAAUUACUUCCACUGUCCUCUUGCAACAAAGACCCAAGUGACUGCCCUUUCCUUCCCAGACCCUAUCAGUGUGGAUCCACCAGAGAUUUCUCCUCCAACAUCUAUUGAAAUGAAGUGUCUUGUAUACCCUUGUAAAUGAGGCUGUUCCUAAUUUAAAAAAGGGGGUACAGAGUAUCCAAAGGGACUAAUGUUAAUUCUGUAACUCUACCUUCUACAAAGCUUGAAAAGCAAGGUUUCAGACUGUGUGUGUGUUUCGUUUUUGUGUGUCCAUAAAUGCCCCAGAGUAAUACUGUACUACUUUGGCCAGUUUCUGUGCUCUGGUGUUCGAAAGCUGCCUUAACUGCAUGAACUCUCACAAAGUCUUUGCCAAAGUUGAAGUUCAAUCCAAAGACACGGUCUCUAUUUUAUACAUGCUCAUGACUUCUCAAACCAGAUGUCAAUAACAUUGAACAUCUCCGUAGAACUUAAGCCCCAAAUGUGUUUUUAAAGCUGCUUCAGAUGCUGUUUGAAACAUUAUUUUAAAAAUGGUGUUAGUCGAACAUCAGCGUUUUACAAAGAUAACGGCUGCAGUGUUUUCUCCAAAUUGUCCAGCAAAGACACAUUUUAUCAUCAUUUUAUAGGUGCUAAUGGCAGAUCCUGUACAAAAGGCUUGACAUUCAUCAUUCUCUUCAGUCAUGAGAGACUCUCUUUGUUCUAAACAUUCCUUUUAUACUGCAUUUAAAAUACAUCCACAAGCAGUAAUUAUCUUAGUUUUUUUCAUUUCCCCCCAUCUUUUCCACAUUUCUCACAUCCCCUCACCCCUUCUUACAUAUUGCUCCGUUUCCACUCCCUCUCUUUCUCAUAUUCCUAUGCUGUCCCUCCCCUCAACGUCCCUCUCCUCCCCACCUAUCCCCUUCCCCAAACACCGAUCUCAGAUUAAGUAGAACAGUAUCCCAGGUAAAGUUUGCACCUGCUUUUUAAGGCAACGGUCCUUCCACAGCUUCAACAGGUUCUUUUUAAUCUCAAACAUUUUUCGUGCAAGGGCAUCACCAUUUUUUACCACAAAACACAAACCUUUUGGAUUGUUGUGGAGCUGGAUUAGGACAAUAAUUGCUCUUCUAUCAGGACACCCAGCUCCUCUACAGACCGUCUCCUCUGUUCAUCACUUGAGCAACUAUCACCUCCACUGCCUCAUUUUACUCCCUCCAUCAACAUCUGUGGAUGGUCCCUUGCUGAAUGGGACACAUCUCUCAGGAGGUUGCCAGGUUAGACGACUGAGGUGCUUGAUGUCCAUCUUCUGAAGGCAGGUGAGAGCAUAACGUCCUCCUCUACUCAUUAGAUAUUUCUUUAUUCAUGGCCUGACUGUGUGGCAAAAUAAACCUCAACUUUCAUCAAAAUACUUUUGUCGCUUUUCGAUGCUGCAAAAUUCUAUUUAGAAAACGAUGAUAUCGCUGUUGCUUCAUGAUCUGAUAACUAACACAACUCCCUUAAAGCUUGGUGAAUGUCCACUUCUAAGACGAAAACUGUUAACAUAAACGGUAAAAUAACACAAUUUUAAACUCAAAAUUCAAACUAAUCCUCAUCUUCAAGCCUCAAGUGCAAAAGUACUUACAUUCAAUUAAUGAGCUUUAGAGAGUGAAGCUUUUGAUGAAGCAAGUGGCUUACCUGAUACGGUAAGACUUGUCUGUCUUUGAGCUUGACCCCGUAGAUAAACAUGUUGAAGUGGCUUGCUCAUCUUUUAAGUCCCAGAGGCUUUAUCUUAAUCGCCCCGCUAAAAGGCAACGUGUUAAUGCAGGCCACAUAAGAUGGAGAGUCAAAAGAGCAAUUGUGUUAAUCUUCCUGUUGACGAUGUAUGAUGAGAGGCUGAUGACAUGAGAGCAGACCUCUCUCAGCAGUGGUCACUCACAUCGGCCCACCUGAACACAAUUUACCAUCAAGCUGAAUAUAACUCACACAUUAGAGAGAAUAUUUGAGAGGAUUAUCCUCACAUACCUAAUGUAUCAACAGUAUUGUAUUUAGGACACAACAAGUUAAGCCUCUGGGUAUGUAGUUUCCUAAAUCAUACCAAAGUCCACUCCUAAAUGGCUUUUGUCAGUAAUUAAAACAAAUGGUGGGUCCAGACUGAGCUCCACCAGGCUUUAGGGAUUACACUUCAACAUUACACACCUGUUGUGUGACAAAAUCAUCUCAAAUCAAAGAAUCAAUUUACUAGAUUUGUAUUUAGUGGCGUCAACUGUAACUUCAAGCCAACAGAACACCUGUUACCCUCACUGCAAUAUUUGUGGAUAAUAAAACAAAAAUAUAACCCCAUGCACCAUCAACCUUUGAUAAUUGUAUUUAUAUGUCUCUAUAUGUACAUGUAAGAAGUAUUUCCAUGCAUGAUGUUGAUUGGCUAGGAGCUCGCAGCCCAGCUUGCCAGUGAUCAUCAUUAGUUAUUAUCUUUGAUAAAUUCACAAUGCAUAAAAAAACCUGAGAAAGUUGCUUUCUCAUCUCCAAUUUGACAAAAACGUGGCAGUACCAAAGUUAUAUCAGUUAAGUGUCUGGCUAAUAUCCUCAGUCAUCACCACUGGUUGAUGUCAAAUGCAUGCUGGGAUACUGGUGGGGACUAGAAUCGUGACCGUUUUUUAUUACUAUGGGAAAGUCCACCAUAACACAAAUGCAGACGAGAAUUCACACUGAGAACUGGGACCGAAUGUCUCGGAACUGUCGGAAGAUGUGUAGAGGGGAACUGUUCUAUCUGUGCAAAGUUGGCUGUGAUGUAAAAGCUCAUUAAUGUUAUUUAAUUUACUGAAUGUACAAUUUCUAUAUGGUGAUGAAAGAAAAGUGCCAACGCUGUACACUCUACUUUGCCAAAGGGAGGCUUGCCAAGCCAAGUACUAAACAGUCCCAAAGGGCCACUGCAAGGACCCCGGCUACUCAAACCUACUCACUUAAAGCCAUUAGUGCCCCAGUGGUUUACGUCUCACUCGCUUUGGUCAACAAGGCAUGGAUGGAUCCCAAACAGAAGUGGUAAUGAGGUCCUAAGCAGCCUCGCAGCAUCUGACACAGAGACACUGGAGCAGAGAGGGCCAGUUCGGUCAGCUGCAGGGAAUCAAGGCACAGAGACGCCCGUAGUUCCUGGCUCGCAUGGGACUGUAAGGCAAAUGUGAUCCUGACACAUUGUUCUGGCACGUAUAAUAGGGCCUUUUCACGGCUCUUCGGGGGAGACCUGGGAGCCUAAUCUUAAAGAAGUAAUGUGACGUUGGUUGGAUGGUUCUCCCUCCUUGCCACUUUUGUCUAAGGCUCUUGUUUACGAGGCGUUGUCCCGAUGACUCAUGUCUGCCUGCAGUUGCAUUAACUUUAAGGAAAAGGCAAGACGGAUAAUGUGACAGUUGCUGAGACAUCUCAUUCUGUUUCUGUUUUGUUUUUAAGAAUGGUCAGGCCAGGCUGUCCAGUCAUUCUGCUCCACCUCUUCAGCGUUUUUGUGCUGACGGGAGCUAAUAAGGAUAUCCUGUAUCCAUAUGGACCCGGCUAUAGGGAUCUAGAGACUCCAAAGAUGGAUGAUGGGAGUUCUUCUGAAAUUACUUUACUCAUUCAAUUCAUUUUCUUCAAUGUCCCCUACCGUACCAUCUAUAUCAACAACAACGGUGUGAUCUCCUUCAACGUGCAGGUUAGCCAGUUCACACCAGAAUCUUUUCCCCUGAGCGACAGUCGAUCGUUCAUUGCUCCACUUUGGGCAGAUGUGCACAACGGCAUCCGCGGAGAUAUUUUCUACAGAGAGUCCAUCGAACCAGAAAUACUGGAACGGGCAACGUACGAUGUCCGGAGGUACUUCAAAACCAUGGCCACGUUCACAGCCAACUGGGUCUUUAUUGCAACAUGGCACCAAGUCACCUUCUAUGGAGGAAGCCAGACAACCCCGGUGAACACAUUCCAAACUAUACUAAUCUCAGAUGGCGUGACGUCCUUCAGCAUGUUCAACUACGGAGAAAUCACAUGGAGCACAGGAACAGCCAGUGGUGGAGAUCCUUUAACAGGACUGGGUGGGACCACAGCUCAGUCAGGUUUUAAUGGUGGAGACGUCGGUCACUUCUUCAACCUUCCGGGAUCACGGUCAAAUGAAGUAGUCAACAUUGAACAGACUACCAAUGUAAACACCCCUGGGCGCUGGUUAUUCCGCGUAGACACUGAACUGGUAGAUCCUGCGAACGGCUGCAGCUACAACGGGCGUUUUUUCCGACGAGGGGAAGUGUUCUGGCUGUCUGACCAGUGUUUACAGCGAUGCCGCUGCCUUGACAUUAACAAUGAGGUGCGGUGUCAAGAGGCUUCAUGCGGGCAGCUGGAGACCUGCGAGCAGCAAGAAGGGUCCUUUUACUGCCAGCCGACCCGCACCAGUACUUGCGUGGUAUUUGGCGACCCUCACUACCACACCUUCGACGGCUUCCUGUAUCACUUCCAGGGAACCUGCUCCUACCUGCUGGCCCGGCCCUGCUGGGAGGUGGCGGGGCUGCCUUUCUUUAGCAUCGAGGCCAAAAAUGAGAACCGUGGGGUCGCCUCUGUUUCUUGGCUUCGAGAUGUCACAGUUGAGGUGUAUGGUCACAGAGUCCUGUUGCCCAAAGGCAGUUUAGGGACAGUCCAGGUGGACGGCUUGCUGAACACUUUACCGGUACAACUUGAGCUUGGUGCUGUCAGGGUAUACCAGUCCGGGGUUGCCAUUGCUUUAGAAACCGACUUUGGACUCCUGGUAACCUACGACGGCCAACACUAUGCAUCCAUCUCCCUACCCAGCUCCUACUUCAACAACACGUGUGGCCUUUGUGGUAACUACAACGACGACCCAGCUGAUGAUCCUGUGCUUCCCAACGGCUCGCUCGCAGAGAGCGUCGUGGAAUUAGGAGGCAGCUGGCGAGCAGAGGACACGGACUGGAGGUGUACAGAUGGCUGCACCCAGAACUGCAGCGUGUGUGACGCUAUGACAGAAGCCUUCUACUUUCGCUCAGACUACUGUGGGCUCAUCAACAAAACCGACGGACCUUUUCGGGACUGCAGAGCUGUCGUGGACCCGACAGCCUUUGUGUACAGCUGUGUAUACGACAUGUGUAGCAACAGGGAUAACAUCACCACGCUCUGCCAGGCCAUCCAGGCCUAUGCUCUGGUCUGCCAGGCCCUUGGUGUCACGAUACGACCGUGGAGAUCUCGUACCUUCUGCGCUUUGUCAUGUCCCGAGUUCAGCCAUUACCAAGUUUGCACAACUGCCUGCCCCGCCUCCUGCUCGGACCUCACCGCUCCCCUGUAUUGCGCCCACCCUUGCACUGAGGGCUGCGAGUGCGACCAGGACCGCGUUCUCAGCGGCAGCCGCUGUGUUCAGCUUGAUGACUGCGGCUGUGAGCACAACGACCUCUAUUACCCUCUUAAUGCCACUUUCUGGGCAGGCCCCAGUAGUGAGGAAGGUGAAUGCACCCUCAGCUGUGUCUGCGGACUUGCUGGGGAAGUCUCCUGCUUUAACGACUCCUGCAAGGAGGGUGAAGUGUGUGUGGUGGAGGUGGGCUUGCUGGGUUGCUACCCUCGAAGGGAGGGAGUGUGCUCAAUCACCCAGAAUUCAGUGACCACCACCUUUGAUGGCACCUCCCUGCCCAUCCCAGAUGACAGCUCCUACUACCUGCUGAAGCUUUGCAGUGCAGUGCCAGCUAAUGGCUCGAUGGUUGAGGUGAAGAUGGGCAGGCUGCUGGCAAACAAAGGCCCCACUUGGAAAAGACCUGUGAUAGUUACAGUGGCUAACCUGGAAGCUCAGAUAGGAGGAAUAGAUUUCGAUAUAGUUAAGGUGAAUGGCGAACCAGUGGUGCUCCCUUAUGUCCAUCCGAUGGAGACAAUGAUGAUCUACAAAGCACCAGGCAAUGCCACAGUGGUGGAGUCCCGUGGACUGCUCCGUGUUCAGUACACUCGCCAGGGAUUCCUGAACAUCUCCCUCUCCACCCUCUUCUACAAUGUUACUUGUGGUCUAUGUGGCGUCUUCAAUAGCAAUGCCACCGAUGACCUUCGUCUUCCAAAUGGACGCCUGGCGGAUUCUACUGAACAGUUCACAGAUGGCUGGCGGGCCAUUGCUGAUGACCUCAUCUGCAAUGGUGACUGCGAUGACCUUUAUCGGAUGUGCACGGACUUGCGUCUCUACCAGAACCCUUGGAUGUGUGGCAACAUCAAUGACCCGGGGAAUAGUUCAUUUCUGGCAUGUCAUGCAGUGGUCAACCCCUCACCAUUCUUCAGGAACUGCUUGUAUAACAUGUGUGUCAAGGGAGGGAAUCGUUCGGCGCUGUGUUCUUCACUGCAGGCCUACGCCACCGCCUGUCAGGACGUCCAAGUAGUACUUGCUUCCUGGAGGAGUGUCACCAACUGCCCUCUUCCCUGUGCACAGAACAGCCAUUUUGACGAGUGCACCGGUGCCUGCCCCCUGACCUGUACCAACUUGGAUGACCCCGUCGAGCCAUGCCCUCUGCCGUGCCAGGAAGGGUGUCAAUGCGAGGAAGGCUUCGCACUUCGGGACGGCGAGUGUGUGGCACGCAGCGAUUGUGGCUGCGUGAGCCACGGGCGCCAGCUGGCCACGAAUCAGACUUUCUGGACAGACUGGGAGUGUCAGGAGCGCUGCCACUGCAACGGCUCUGACAACAGCGUCUACUGCCAGCUCGCGCCCUGUCACCCUGAGGAGUACUGCCUGGAGAACGACGGCCUGUACGUUUGCCAGCCGCGCACCGAGGCCCUGUGUCUGGCGGCCGGUUAUGGACAUUUUCUGCCGUUUGGCAGCGUCCCGUUUGAACUGCAGAGCUCGUGUACUCUAAAGUUGGCCACCACCAGCUGCGGGAGAGAGAACGGGGACCACGCAACCACGAGUGACACGUUUCCUCAAUUUAAAUUGGCAGCUCGUAAUGAGGACAGGGACACAGGCCAGGCCAUUUGGGUGAGGGGCUUUGUGCUGGAGGUCUACGAGUAUGAGAUUGAAGUGUCUCGAAGCUACAAAAACACUGUCACGGUGAACAAGGAGCGUUUGUACCUUCCUCUGAAACUGGGGCUCGGGAAGGUCAACAUCUUCUCCUGGGGCAUGCAGCUCAUCGUGGAGACCGAUUUUGGCCUGAAGGUGGCCUUUGACUGGAACACCCUCCUCCUGUUGACUUUGCCCCGCGACCUCUACAGCUCCUGCUGCGGCCUCUGCCAGGGCAUGCCCUUGUCCCCUCCCACCCUGACCACCACUGACUGGGGCAUGGCCUGGGCAGAGCGGGACACCUUCUGCCAGGUGGGCUGUGGCGACUCGUGCCCGCGCUGCGGCCUGGGAGAGACCAGCGCCGUGAACGACUCCCCUCUCAUGGUGGCUGAGGUCGGCAUGGACCUCGACACAGACGACGGGGGAAAUGAAGCGGACGCAGGCAUACGCUUCCACGUCGGCAAUGGCCUGUAUGUGUUUGUGGAGCCCGAGGCGGUGCGGCUCUGCGGGCUCAUUGUGGAUCGGGGUGGUGUGUUUGCUCGUUGUCACAGCAAGGUGGCGCCGGCGUUUUUUUAUCAAAGCUGCCUGCAGGACACCUGCUUGGACCAGGGAGCUCAGGGUACAGUCUGUAACUGGCUGCAGAUCUAUGCCGGCACCUGUCAGACCCAAGGGGCGACUGUUUCCGGCUGGAGGAGCGACACGCCGUGUGCCCACAGCUGUUCCCCAAACAGCCAUUACUCCAGUUGUGUGUCGGUUUGCCCGCCCCAGUGCGCCUCCGCCCGCGGCCAGAGGGACUGCAGCCAGGAGUGUGUGGAGGGCUGCCAGUGUGACCAGGGAUACGUGCUCAACGGCAAGGGCUGCGUCCUGCCUCAAAACUGUGGCUGCUACACUGAUGGCAAGUACUACGAGCCCAAACAGCUGUUUUGGAACAGUGACUGCACCAAGCGCUGCCAGUGCAUCGGCCGAAACCUGGUCCAGUGCGACCCGAGGCGCUGUAAGGCCGAGGAAGAGUGCACCCUGCGCUACGGGGUGCGGGGCUGCUUUGCGCGGCGCUCCCAGCACUGCGUGGCGUCCGGCGGCGGCGUUUUCAGGACCUUCGACGGGGCGUCGCUGCGGCUCCCGGCCUCCUGCUCCUUCGUCUUGUCCACGAACUGCCAUAAGCUGCCCGACCUCUCCUUCCAGCUCAUCGCUAACUUCGAUAAAUGGACCACACCCAACCUCACCACCAUCUCUCACGUUUACCUUUACAUCAAUGAGGAGAACAUACUCAUCUCCGGCAGCACUGUCAAGGUCAACGGCACACCGGUAUCAGUACCGUUUGUAACCGGGCUGAUGACACGUCUGUCGAAGGCCGAAGGUUUCAUCGUCAUCGACACGCCGCAGGACAUCCAGGUUCGCUACAACCACUUCAACACCCUCACCAUCACGAUGGGCCAGCGGCUCCAGAACAAGGUGUGUGGCCUCUGCGGGAAUUUCAACGGAGACCCCGGUGACGACUACAUCACCUCCAGGGGGAAGCCGGCCAACAGCGCCCUGGAGCUCGCCCAGAGCUGGAAGACCAACGGUAUGCAGGACAGUUGUGAUGAAACCCAGUUCGUGGCUCUGGCUCAGUCCUGUGACAACACGGCGGUGCUGGCGCUGCAGAGUGAAGACGCCUGUCAGAAGCUCACCCAGCUGAAGGGUUUCUUCCAGCCGUGCCACGGCCUGCUGGACCCCCUCCCCUUCUACCAGUCCUGCUACCUGGACGGCUGCUACAAUCACCAGAAGGCUCAGGUCUGCGGCUCCUUGGCCGCCUACGCCGAGGCCUGCCGCUCCAUGGGCACCCUCACCACCAAGUGGAUCACCCAGGAGAACUGCUCAGAAUGGAUCUACGACCCCUGUGCGGGAGAGAUCUGCAAAAACUUCACCUGUGAGCUGGAGAACGGAGGUGACCUGUGUGGCUGCCCGGAGUUGCCAGCCAGCACCGGAGUUGACGAUGACAUCAUCCAGGCGGAGGUGAACUGUAAGCAUGCUCAGAUGGAGGUCUCCAUCUCCAAGUGUAAGCUCUUCCAGCUGGGCUUUGAGCGCGAGGACGUCAGGGUCAACGACGAGCACUGUGCCGGUAUUGAGGGAGAAGACUUCAUCUCCUUCCACAUCAACAACACGAGGGGCCACUGCGGCUCCAUCGUGCAGUCGAAUAGCACUCACAUCAUGUAUAAGAACACCGUGUGGAUCGAGAGCGUGAACAACACCGGGAACGUCAUCACCAGGGACAAGUCCAUCAACGUGGAGUUUUCCUGCGCCUACGAACUGGACCUGAAGAUCUCGCUGGAGACUGUCCUCAAGCCCAUGCUCAGUGUGAUAAACCUCACCUUACCAACCCAGGAAGGAAACUUCAUCACCAAGAUGGCUCUCUACAAGAACUCCUCGUACCGAAACCCGUACAGGGAGGGCGAGGUGGUGCUGAGCACGCGCGACACCCUCUUCGUGGGCGUCUUUGUGGAAGGGGCCGACGAAAACCAGCUCAUCCUCAUCGUAAACAUGUGCUGGGCCACGCCGUCCCGCUACAGCAGCGACCGACUCCGCUACAUCAUCAUAGAGAGAGGGUGUCCAAACAUCAAGGACAACACCAUCGGCAUGGCGGAGAACGGCGUGUCGCUCACCUGCCGCUUCCACGUCACGGUCUUCAAGUUCAUCGGGGAUUACGAGGAGGUCCACCUCCACUGCGACGUCACCCUCUGCGACUCCGAAACGAACGCCUGCAAAGUGAACUGUCCGCACAAGAGGAGGAUGUACUCGGAGGACAGUGGUCAUAAAGAGCACAUAUUGAGUGUGGGACCCAUAAGGAGGAGAGUAUCAGACUGGUGCGAGGAGUUAAAUGGAGGCUGUGAGCAGAUGUGCACCAGUAAGACGACCGGACCGGUGUGCAGCUGUGUGACUGGGAUGCUGCAACGAGAUGGGAAGAGCUGCCGGACUGCGAGCUCGAGCGGUGACCUCACACCUGCGGUUUCUCUGCUGAGCAUCAGCGCUGUGAUCUCCGUGUUCCCGGCUCGUAUUCACGCUCUCUUCUCCUAACACCCCGCGAGCACAUUGGCCACGUGGAGAGGAGCACAAGCACAGAAAAGACUGGAAGAUGCACACAGUUCAUCCAGCAUUAAUUAGCCCGUAGAUCAGCUGUGUUCCAGUCAAAAUAUCCAAACAGGACAUAAAAAUAUUCAAACAGACACAACACACAUUUACAAAUGUUGACGCAACCGAAGGUAACUAAACAAGAAAAGUCGUCUCCUUCACCUCCUGCGUUAUUUUCACACAUCAGGAGACCUCACUGUGUAUUAUCAUCUACUUAAAGCUACCAUAAUUUUUUUCUCUACCUUUUUCAUCAAAUUAUUCUGAUGGCUUUUGUUUGUAGUAAAAUGUGUCCAAUUACGGUCCGUCCACCGUGUUAUUUUUUAUACUGCCACCAGAUGGCGCCAAAGCAAGUCAUUUUCCUGUCCCUGUAUUUUAUUGUGUUUAAGGCGGUCAUUCCUGAAGGCUUGGUCCCGUAGGUGGGACCCUGGAGAUGUUAUUCGGGUGUCCAAAUAAAUUUGCAGAACUUCA